AUGUCUCAGCUGCCACUAACAGUCAGGUGGCUUCUGGUCACAGUGUUAAAACCGCCAGCGUGUGAAGAGUUUAUGAGAGCUGACCGGAUUAAGAACGACAUCCUGUCACACAAAUACAACCAGGCUACUGUCACAUGUAAAACUUUUCAGGUCAAUAUAAUCGAUGAUGAAGAAUACGAGAAAAACAAGAACUUCUUCAUAGAGAUGGGAGAGCCUCGGCUGCUGGAGAUGAGUGAGAGGAAAGCUCUGUUGCUUCAGGAAUCCGGUGGAUUCGUCAAAACAGGCAGAGACGUCUACAGGAAGGUCCAGGGACGAGAACACGCCGCCCCCUCUGCUGUCAUCACCAUCGCAGAGGACGGGGGUGAGGAGCUUUUGACGAAGAAGGAGGAAGAGGAGAGGCGGAUCGCAGAGAUGGGAAGACCGAUGCUCGGUGAACACGUCAAACUCGAGGUCAUCAUAGAGGAGUCGUACGAGUUCAAGAGCACUGUGGAUAAACUCAUCAAGAAGACCAACCUGGCUGUGCUGAUUGGAACAAACAGCUGGAGGGAGCAGUUUGUGGAGGCCAUCACAGUCAACUCUGGUGACGAUGAUGACGAGUGCGGUGAGGAGAAGCCGCCCUCCUGCUUCGACUACGUCAUGCACUUCCUCACGGUCUUCUGGAAGCUUCUGUUUGCCUUCGUUCCUCCCACCGACUACUGGAACGGCUGGGCCUGCUUCGUCGUCUCCAUCUCCGUCAUCGGCCUCCUGACGGCGGUGAUCGGUGACCUGGCGUCGCAUUUCGGUUGCACCGUCGGCCUCAAAGACUCUGUCACUGCUGUGGUGUUCGUAGCUUUGGGCACAUCUGUUCCAGACACCUUCGCCAGUAAGGUGUCGGCCAUCCAGGACCAAUAUGCCGACGCCUCCAUCGGCAACGUGACAGGAAGCAACGCUGUCAAUGUCUUCCUGGGUAUCGGCGUGGCCUGGUCCAUCGCUGCUAUCUACCACUACUCCAAGAACCAGGUGUUCAGGGUCGACCCGGGCACGCUGGCCUUCUCUGUCACACUCUUCACCGUCUUCGCCUUCAUCUGCAUCGCCGUCCUCAUCUACCGGCGCCGGCCUGAGAUCGGUGGGGAGCUUGGCGGGCCCAGAGUCCCAAAGAUCCUCACCUCUUGCCUGUUCUUCAGCCUGUGGUUAAUGUACAUCGUCUUCUCCUCACUGGAGGCUUACUGCCACAUAAAGUCCUUCUAG